AAAAAAUCAAAUCUUUCGCAUGAAAAAAAAUCCCAACAGAAAAUUCUUCCAUACACAUUCAAAAACUAUUUUUGGAAAAAAAAAAGAAGAAAAAAAUUUGAUCCGUACCACCCAAAAAUUCGGAUUCAAACAAAGUUUUCAGCUUCUGGGUUGGCUUAGAGCUUUGCAUGAUUUGGUUUCUUUAAUUCUUUUACGUUGGUGGCAUUGGUUCUUGCAAAGAUAUUGCCUUAACAUGAUCACUUUUGAGCAUUAUAUCAAUCUUUGAUACACAUGUUUGGUGUACAUGUAUCAUGGUCACGUUCGAAUUCCAAUUCAUAAUGUUGAAUUAUACGUAGCGGUAUUGGAAGCUAAAGGCUAUUUGAGAAGGAGAGAUUAUAAAUAUUUGUUUUGUUUGGUUUGGUUUGGUUAGAGUGGUUUUGAAGGAUUUUCAUUCAAAUUCCGAUGAAAUGAGAAGGAAAAUAUGCGGUUUGAGUGAUUUGGGAAGACAUGGAAUUGAGAAGGGCUGGUUAUGCGGUUGUCUUCCUGAGUUUGCUUUGCACAUUGGCGAUAGGGGGAUCAGACGCGAAGAGGAGGACCAUGGACACAUUUUUUAGCAAUGGAGAUUCCUCAAAAACGCAUGAACAAGAUGAAAUGGUGGAGCAGGUAUGGGUCCAUUGCAGGAAAGAAUUGAUAGACAGGAAGGAUCUUCUUGAAGAUUUUGACUUGAACAUCCUACAGGAUGCAAUCAGGAAUACAAAAUCAAGAUUGCUGCCAAAAAGAAAAAUAGACAAAGCCAUAAGGGUUCUACCUCCCCAUAUGAGACAACUAGUUUUGGAUUGCUUAAGAAGAAAAAGUUUUCUGUUUCAUCCUGAUGAAGAUAGCUUCAACAAUAGGUUCAUCAAGUGCGCUGAGUUGCUUUUCAGUUUGCCAAAUGCCCCCAGAAGACAUCUGGUUAGUCAGUCACCUGGACAGAUAGCAACAAGUCCAGCUCCAGCUCCUAGCACAACAGAAGCAGAAUCACCUAAUUAUGGUCCAGCACCAUCUAAUCUAGCACCUUCCAGUUCUUCAUCUCCAAAUCCAAACCCCCCUGUUCAGCCCCCUGAAGCGCCAGCUCCUUCACUUGAUGUGAUCAGCUCACCUCCUCCACGUCCUAAACAUUUGCCACCACAUCACUCUGUUGUUCCACAGAAUUCACCGAAAAAGGACGAUAGCUAUCAGAUGAAAAAAAUUGUGGUUGCUGCUGCAACUGCAGUAGGAGUCCUUGCCCUUCUUGCACUGCUCCUCAUUUGCUGUCUUAAGGGUGGAAGCAACAAAAUUGGACCUAAAAAGGGACAAAGAGAUGAGAGGCCACUUCUCAACUUACGUAUGAGUGAUUUCUCAGGUUCUUCUCAAAAGUCUGUUAGUAUAGGAAAUUCAAGUAACAAAGAUUUCAGUAUUAAUAGCGGAGUGAAUCCUUCUUUCCUUACCAACAUGUCCAUGAAGCAUGGAACCAAUGAUUCCACACUGGCUGGGGAAUUAUCAUCAGAAGGUACAGGGCCAGUUCCACUUCUUCAUUUAAAGCCUCCUCCUGGAAGAUCAGUUACUAUGUCUCUUGCUCCACCAUGUCCACCACCACCUCCUCCUCCUCCUCCUCCUCCUCCUAUUGCUCCUUCUGCUCCUAAACCCCCACCACCACCUAAAGUUGCUCGCCCUCCACCUGCUCCACCAAAAGCAAUGCCUGGGAAAUAUCAACCUUCACAUUUUGGACUAAAUCAUCGAGGAAGUAAUGAUUCUAGCGAGGGAGGUGAUCUUGAUGGUGAAUCUGGAGCCCCAAAAACCAAGUUAAAGCCAUUCUUCUGGGAUAAGGUUCUUCUUGCCAACCCUGAUCAAUCAAUGGUUUGGCAUGAGAUCAAUUCUGGAUCAUUUCAGUUCAAUGAGGAGAUGAUAGAGUCUCUAUUUGGUUAUAACAACAUGGAUAAAAAUAAAAUUAACCGCAAGAGAGAGUUGGCGUCCCUUGAACCGUCAAUCCAGUAUAUUCAGAUUAUUGAUGCUAAGAAGGCACAAAAUUUAUCAAUUCUUCUACGAGCCUUGAAUGUGACAACAGAAGAAGUCAUUGACGCUCUUCAAGAAGGUAAUGAGCUUCCCGUUGAGCUUCUUCAAACUUUGUUGAAGAUGGCACCGUCAACAGAAGAGGAACUGAAGCUCAGGCUAUAUAGUGGUGAUAUUUCUCAACUUGGCCCUGCAGAGCAAUUCCUCAAAAUCUUGGUUGACAUUCCAUUUGCAUUUAAACGACUAGAGUCACUUCUAUUCAUGAGUUCCCUUCAGGAGGAGGUCUCUAACAUUAAAGAAUCCUUGGCAACUCUAGAGGUUGCUUGUAACAAACUAAGAAAUAGCAGACUAUUCCUAAAACUCUUAGAAGCGGUUCUCAAAACUGGAAACCGCAUGAAUGAUGGUACCUACCGAGGUGGUGCACAUGCAUUUAAGCUUGACACUCUCUUGAAACUGUCUGAUGUAAAGGGAACGGAUGGCAAGACCACACUACUGCACUUCGUUGUUCAGGAGAUUAUCCGUUCUGAAGGCAUACGAGCUGUCCGUACAGCCAGAGAAAGUCAGAGCCUAUCCAGCAUGAAGACAGAUGAUUUUACUGACGAUUUCACUGAAGAAUCAGAAGAGCACUAUCGCAGGCUUGGUCUUCUGGUGGUUUCAGGUUUAAGCAAUGAACUGGAAGAUGUUAAAAAGGCAGCAUUCAUAGAUGCUGAUCUUUUAACAUCUACAGUAUCAAAACUCAGCCAAUCAUUGAUAAAAAUUAAAGGUUUCUUAAAUGCUGAGAUGAAGAGUCUGGAUGAAGACAGCGAAUUCAAUCAUGUGCUAGCCAAUUUUGUGGAGUUUGUGGAAGCUGAUAUUUCAGGGCUUUUGGAGGAAGAAAAGAAAAUAAUGGCUCUCGUGAAAAGUACUGCAGAUUACUUCCAUGGGAAUGCAGGAAAGGAUGAAGGCCUGCGCUUGUUUGCAAUUGUACGUGAUUUCUUGAGAAUGUUAGAUAAGGCAUGUAAAGAAGUUAGAGAUGCCGGAAUGAAGAGAGGGAGGAUUACCAAGAAAGAGGCUCCAUCAGUGUCAUCUCAGCAGUCUACAGAUAUACGUCCACGGCUAUUUCCUGCAAUAAUGGGGCGGCGAAUGGACAACAACUCUAGUUCAGAUGAUGAGAAUCUAUCUCCAUAGCUUUCGUUUCAAAUAGUUGCUUGGAAUUCUCGGAGGCAAGAUGAGCAGAUCAUCAUGGUUAGAAGAACUAGCCCACAUCAAAAUUCCAUCCAACAACAGAAUAUGAAACUUGAAUUUCAUUCUUGGAUUUCAGUAAAUGAUUAUUUGUCAGCUGAUGGAAGUUUAAUUUUUGAAAAUAGGAUUGGCUGAGAACGGAUUGACUUGUAUCAUCUACAUUUCUACUGAUAGCAAAAAGAUUUUGGUUGUACAGAAGAAAGUAUAUAAAUACUCAUUAUUGUUGCCAUCUUAUACAUUUACACUUGUGAACCAUAUAUUAG